AGGAGACGGAGCCGCGUCUCGCCUCCGCCUCCGUCUUCGUCUUCCUUACGCCGCGCCCGAGGCCUCGCCGAAACCCUAACCCCGAGUAGCCUGGUCGUCGGCCGCCGCGGGAGGGGUGGGGAGGGGGUCGGGAUGGGGAAGAAAAAGAAGCGCGUGGAGAAGGUGUUCUGCUACUACUGCGACCGGGAGUUCGACGAUGAGAAGAUCCUCGUGCAGCACCAGAAGGCCAAGCACUUCAAGUGCCACGUCUGCCACAAGAAGCUCUCCACCGCCGGCGGCAUGGCCAUCCACGUCCUCCAGGUCCACAAGGAGUCCGUCACCAAGGUUCCAAAUGCAAAGCCUGAGAGGGAAUCAACAGAGAUUGAGAUCUUUGGGAUGCAAGGGAUUCCUCCAGAUGUGUUGGCUGCCCACUAUGGAGAAGAGGAAGACCCUUCAUCGAAGGUAGCCAAAGUUGAAGUGCCGUCAAUAAGACCUCCUGUUAUGCCUAAUCCAGCAGGCAUGCUAUAUCCUCCACGACCGGCUUAUGGUGUAGCUCCACCUAUGUAUAACCCUGCACUGAAUCCAUUGAUGGCCAGGCCUCCAAUCUGGCCUGCUCCACCUCCACAACCUUGGUUUACACAACAAACAGCAGUUUCACUUCCUCAAAUGGCUGCUGGGCUUGCACCACAACAGCCUCUGUUCCCUAUUCAAAAUAUGGCUGCUCCUAUGACAUCAGCACCUGCAAAUUUACUUCAGACUUCGUUCCCUAUGGCCCCUGUUGGAGUACCUUCGCCUGUUGCUCAGGUGUCACAACCGUUGUUUCCUGUCAGCACUGCUGGAAAUGGCGCUGUAAGUUCCCCAUAUGUAGCAUCUGUUGCACCUGGAAGUAUCCCAGCAACCUCUCCAUCAGUUGCUCCUGCAGGAAUCGGAUAUGCAUCUAAUAACCAUGGAGGUCAAGCGACUGUACCUUCACCUGCUUCUAAUAAUAAAGCAUCAGCCACCCAACCUGGUGCGAAUGAAGUCUAUCUGGUCUGGGAUGAUGAAGCGAUGUCAAUGGAGGAAAGAAGGUUGUCGUUGCCCAAGUAUCAGGUGCAUGAUGAAACUAGCCAGAUGAAUUCCAUUGAUGCAGCGAUUGAUCGAAGAAUAUCAGAAAGUCGGCUUGCUGGACGCAUGGCCUUAUAAAACAAGCUGAGCGCAUGUUUGGUAAAUUGCUCUUGCGCAAUUCACUGACAUAUUCGCUCAUCUGGGCGAGCAUAGGAGUAGCUUCUAUAGUUGGCGACUCCCUGAUUUCUGUUCUCCAUUUAUUUAGCUAGUGACUGGAGGUACUGUGUGCAGUCAAAAGGAAUGUGUUGUUCUGACUCGGAAAGCUUUCAAAUAUAUCUUCCACCCGAGUGAAAAAUUUUAGUCUAGAAUCCAUUUUCCCAUUGUCACUUGAAAAAAAAAAUGAUUUGUUGCCAACUCUGGAGAUCUAGUGAUGAAUUAGCAGAAAUCCUUUCCCUUUUCUUCGGACUGUGACAUGAUGUGUAUUCACUAUAUCAAAUGAACACGAGCGCCUACUAAUAAUGUGUUGGUAUUAGUGCUAAGCAA